AUGACAAUCAAGGCUGUUAGAUUGUGGAGCCGACAGAUUAAUGCAUUUGUUGAUGAUACACUAGUCAAAAACUUCAAUGAAUUGGUAGGUGGUGUGAAUGUUUCCUCGAAUGGUACUCAACUCGGAGAGCAUUUGCUUUACUUCAAUCCAAUGUGGAAACCUUUGAGUCAAGAUGGAUACUUUCAAUGCAUUACCCCCAGUGAACUUUUACAAGAUCAUACCCUUCGAUACAAGAGACGUGUAUGGGCUGGUGGUACAUUACAACAAAACGGGCCUCUUAGAUACAUGACGCAGUACAACUGUGAAGAGGUAAUAAGUUCCAUAAAGACUCUGAAGAGUGGUACUUUUGUUACUAUGAAGAGGCAAAUACGAGACACACAGUCAUCCGUAACUGUUAUUAAAGAGCUCAGAACACUUCUGUAUACAAAUAAAUCCCCACAAGUCAUUACAUACCCGGUUGGGCAGGAAAUAUUUUCUCCAUUUGCUAAAUUUACAUUCCAUGAAAUGGAUGUUAUACAAUAUAGCCAGCUCACUUUGAACCCCCAUCGAAUUCAUUGGGAUAAACUAUACUGCCAAAAUGUGGAAAAGUACAAGGAUAUCGUUGUCCAAGGUCCCUUCAUAUUACAGAUAAUGCUUAGGUCCAUCAAAGAGCAUUCAUUUCUUGGUGCAGUCGAUAUUGCCACAAUCAAAUACAGAAACGUUAACUUCGUAUAUCCAGAGACAGAGCUCCAAAUAUGCGUUGACAGUACCAAAAAGACCUUUUACAUGAGAGAUGUUUUGGAUACCUCAAAGAUCUAUGCUAUCUUACAGAUUCUUAAUUAA